GUGCUGGAGAUCAGAAUUUAUUUACCUCUAUUUAUCCGACACUUUCUCAGCAGCUUCCGAGAGAACCGAUGGAAUGGAGAAGGUCCUAUGGCCGGGCCCCCAAGAUGAUCCACCUCGAGUCAAACUUUGUUCAGUUCAAAGAGGAGCUGCUGCCCAAAGAAGGAAACAAAGCUCUGCUCACCUUCCCCUUCCUUCACAUCUACUGGACGGAGUGCUGUGACACAGAGGUGUACAAGGCUACAGUAAAAGAUGACCUCACCAAGUGGCAGAAUGUUUUGAAAGCGCACAGCUCUGUGGACUGGUUAAUAGUGGUAGUUGAAAAUGAUGCCAAGAAGAAAAACAAAACCAACAUCCUUCCCCGAACUUCCAUAGUGGACAAAAUAAGAAAUGACUUCUGUAAUAAGCAGAGCGACAGGUGUGUCGUGCUGUCCGACCCUUUGAAGGACUCUUCCCGAACUCAGGAAUCCUGGAAUGCCUUCCUGACCAAACUCAGGACGUUGCUUCUUAUGUCUUUUACCAAAAACCUAGGCAAGUUUGAGGACGACAUGCGUACCUUGAGGGAGAAGAGGACGGAGCCAGGCUGGAGCUUCUGUGACUACUUCAUGGUCCAGGAGGAGCUCGCCUUCGUCUUCGAGAUGCUGCAGCAGUUCGAGGACGCCCUGGUGCAGUACGACGAGCUGGAUGCCCUGUUCUCUCAGUACGUCGUCAACUUUGGGGCUGGGGAUGGUGCCAACUGGCUGACUUUCUUCUGCCAGCCGGUGAAGAGCUGGAACGGCCUGGUGCUCCGCAAGCCCAUAGACAUGGAAAAGCGGGAGCUGAUGCAGAGGCGGGAGGCCACGCUGCUGGACCUACGCAGCUACCUGUUCUCACGCCAGUGCACCCUGCUCCUGUUUCUGCAGCGGCCCUGGGAGGUGGCACAGCGCGCCCUGGAGCUGCUGCACAGCUGCGUGCAGGAGCUCCGGCUCCUGGAGGUCUUGGUCCCGCCGGGCGCACUGGACUGCUGGGUGUUUCUGAGCUGUCUGGAGGUGCUGCAGAGGAUAGAAGGCUGCUGUGACCGGGCGCAGAUAGACUCCAACAUCGCGCACACGGUGGGGCUGUGGAGCUAUGCCACAGAAAAGUUAAAGUCUUUGGGCUACCUGUGUGGACUCGUGUCAGAAAAAGGACCUGACUCCGAAGAUCUGAACAGGACAGUUGACCUUUUGGCAGGUCUAGGAGCCGAGCGACCUGAAACAGUCAGCACAGCUCAGAGUCCGUACAAGAAACUCAAGGAAGCGCUGUCGUCGGUGGAAGCUUUUGAGAAGCACUACUUAGAUUUGUCUCAUGCUACCAUUGAAAUGUAUACGAGUAUUGGGAGGAUUCGGUCUGCCAAGUUUGUUGGAAAAGAUCUGGCAGAAUUUUACAUGAGGAAAAGGUCUCCCCAGAAGGCAGAGAGCUACCUUCAGGGAGCUUUGAAAAACUACCUGGCUGAGGGCUGGGCCCUGCCUGUCACGCACACCCGGAAGCAACUCGCUGAGUGCCAGAAACACCUUGGGCAGGUAGAGAACUACCUGCAGACCAGCAGCCUUCUGGCCAGCGAUCAUCACCUGACUGAGGAAGAGCGGAAGUACUUUUGCCAGGAGCUACUCAGCUUUGCCGGGUGGCCUGUGGACAGCCCGGGUCACAAGGUGGUGCUGCCCAUGCACUCCUUCGCACAGCUGCGGGACCUGCACUUCGACCCUCCCAACGCUGUGGUCCACGCGGGCGGCACCUUGUCCCUGGAGAUGACUGUGUGCAGCCAGAUGCCGGUUCCCGUGUGUGUAGACCAGAUCGCCAUCAACGUUCACUUCAGCAUCGAGAAGAACAGCUACCGGAAGACUGCUGAGUGGCUGACCAAGCACAAGACGCCCAACGGGAUCAUCCACUUCCCUGCCGAGGUCUCCCCGCUCCCCCCGGCCCAGAGCAGCUUGCCCGCGCUGGAGCUGGCGGAGAUGUUCGAGCGCAGCCCUUCUGACAAUGCCCUGAACACCACGGGCAUCAUCUGCAGAAACGUCCACAUGCUGCUGCGCAGGCAGGAGAGCGGCUCUUCCCUUGAGGGGCCCUCGGGGGUGGCCCUGGAGGACGGGGCCCACGUACUGAGGUGCAGCGGUGUGACGCUGGAGCCCGGGGCCAACAGGGUGGCGUUCAGGACUCAGGCCAAGGAGCCGGGGACGUACACCCUCCGGCAGCUGUGCGCCACGGUGGGCCCUGUGUGGUUCGUGCUUCCGCACAUCUAUCCCAUCGUGCAGUACGACGUCUAUUCUCAGGAGCCGCAGCUGCACGUGGAGCCACUGGCUGAUAGCCUUUUGGCUGGCAUUCCUCAGAAGGUCAGAUUCACUGUCACCACUGGCCACUACACAGUGAAGAAUGGGGACAGCCUGCAGCUCAGCAACGUGGAGGCCAUGCUGGUCCUGUGUCAGGGAGAGAACAGUGCUGUGAUCUACUCUAACUCCAGAGAAGAGUCCUCCAGUGCAGUGCUCCAGGUCCAGUCCUCUGACAAAGUCACGAGCAUCGGGCUGCCUGCCACGCCUGCUUACCAUGUGAUCGAGUUUGAGCUGGAGGUUCUGUCCCUGCCAUUGGCUCCAGCAUCUAGCAGGGAGAGUGACACGCCAGGGACACCGGAGCCGCCCAGGAAGCAGAAGGACAGACAGAGGGCGGGCCCCUGCAUGGUCACCACCGACCACAAGUUGUCCAUCGAUUGCCCAUGGUCAAUCUACUCCACAGUCAUUGCGCUGACGUUCAGUAUGCCCUUCAGGACCACGCACUCCCUGCUGUCUGCCGGAACCAGGAAAUACGUGCAGGUUUGUGUCCAGAACUUGUCAGAGCUUGACUUCCAGCUGGCAGAGAGUCACCUUGUAGAUACUGGAGGUGCCGCCGACCUGCACCUGACUCCGCUGAAUGCACCGUCCCUGCAGCACAUCCACAGCAAGCAGUCAGUGUUUUUCGUGUGGGAGUUGAAGUGGACACAGGAGCCUCCCCCUGCCCUGCGCUGCCAGUUCUCCAUGGGCUUCUCCCCGGCCUCUGCAGAGCAGCUGUCCAUCUCCCUGAAGCCCUACACGUACGAAUUCCAAGUGGAGAACUUCUUUACCCUGUACACCGUGAAGGCGGAGGUGCUGCCGCCCGCAGGUGUGGAACACUGCAGGACCGGCUCGCUCUGCUCUUUGGAGGUGUCCAUCACACGGCUCGCUGACCUGCUGGAGGUGGACAGGGACGAGGCGCUGACGGAGUCCGACGAGUACUUCUGCACAAAGCUCAUGUACGAAGUGGUCGACAACACCAGCAACUGGGCAGUGUGUGGGAAGAGCUGUGGUGUUAUCUCCAUGCCUGUGGCCGCCCAGGCCACUCACCGAGUGCACAUGGAGGUGAUGCCUCUCUUCGCGGGCUACCUCCCUCUUCCUGACGUCCGGCUGUUUAAGUACCUCCCUCACCACUCUGCACACUCCUCCCAGCUGGAUGCCGACAGCUGGAUUGAGAAUGACAGCCUGUCGGUGGACAAGCACCCAGACGACCAGCUGGACUGCAGCAGUGUGCGGAGUAGAGGCAGCGCGCACUCAGCCGCCAGUGGCGAGCACAAGGGCCUGCCCAUGCCCCGGCUGCAGGCGCUCCCCACCGGCCAGGUCUUCAACUCCAGCACGGGCACGCAGAUCCUGGUCAUCCCCGGCCAAGACGACCACGUCCUGGAAAUCAGCGUGACAUGACAGGAGCGCUGUGGUCCUCUGGCACCACAGACUGCUAUGAUUGCACUUUAGGGACAGUGACUGGAUCGUUCUCGUCAUGACACACUAGCUCUAACCAGACUCGGCAUCCCUGCUUGGCCUCACAGGUACCAGGGAGCGGCGCGGUGCAGCCGGUCGGCGGAGAUAGUGUAUCCCUCAUGUUGUCUGUGGCACAGGACCCUCGUUCUUCUCUCACCCCAUCCCUGUGCUGGUGUCUGACCGCUCUGCUCCGUAUCCCGCUCCUCCACCCUCACACUGCUGCAGGACUGUCUCCAGUCUCCACGCAGCCCCGUCUGCCGGCUCUGCAAGGAAGCCUUAUCUUUCUGGCCGCGCUUGGCAGGCCCCGCUGGCUUCCUGUGAUGCCUGUGUGCUGCCCAACCCUGGACCGCCUGGGAGAAGCUGGGCGUCUUCUGAUCACCAAGCUUCCCUUAGUAACGCGUAGCGCCUUUCAGGGCCAGCAGGAGGGGUGCAGUGGGUCUGGAGGGAGUGUGACCCCUUCUGUGCCUCGGGAGGACAGUCAGCUGACCAGGGAGCUGCAGGCUGGAGCUGUGCUCAAGGUACUUGAGAGGGCCUAGGCUGGGCGGGAGAGGCAGCGCAGCACUGGAAGGGUGUGGGUGUAAAUGUUUCUGGUCCCGUGUUCCCCAGUGUUGACCGGAUAUCAUAUGCAAUUGGAGUUAAACAUAUAUUUAUUUUAAUUGUCAUUAUGUAGGCGGGGUUGAUAUGUUGUUUGCUUUUCUCUCAUCUUUAACGUCUGUUCGUGUAAUUGUAGCCGUGUAAUCCGCAUCUUUCUUUUGCACCUGAGGUCUUAGCUGAAACUCCCGUGAGGUAAGGAGUAAGGGAUCCUCGUGUGUCCUAGGCCGGCCGUGGGGACUGGGCCACUCGGUGGCAGUCAGAUCACACCAACAGGCUCAUUCACUUUCGGUUGUAAAAUUUAAUUGUACAUAUGGUUGAUUUAUUAUUUUUAAAAGUACAGACUAACUGAUGUAAUGUUUAAGUUGCACCAAAAAUCAAGGACAAAAUAAAUGUGUUUUUAUUGGUGUAAAAGUCACAGUUUGUAAAUAAGUGUUGUAUGUAUUGGCCCUUUUCUGGCUCUGCAAAGCAAUGUAUUUUUGUACAUGGGAAUUGAGUGCUCUGGGUUCACUGACACAGUGUGCUUGGAGCUCAGCUUGACCAGGUGAACAUGAGCAGAUGCAGUGGGGGACAGCCCAGCCCAGGUGUAGGAGCCAGAAGCACGGCUGCAAUGACCGAGUCCUUGUCAGUACUGUCGGCCUUCGCCUCAUCCCAUAAAUAAAGGUGGUGUGAUCUUCCCUGUGGCGCUUUUAUUUCUAGAAAUUGGGAAACUGCGUAAGGAAGAGAAUUCUCCAUGGGUUUAAACUUUUGGAAGUUUAUCUUCCUUAUGUGGUAAGCUAAUAAAUGUGGCCCACCUGCUUAGGCAAAUUAGAACUUGAGACCAGUAAGAGUUUAGGGUCCCAGAAAUAAGGUCUCCGCUGUCAGGGCGGUGCACGCCCGGCAGUGCUGUGAAGCAGGCGGUCUCUGCAGUUGUGGCCGGUAGAAGUGUACCAUCGCUGUCAGCGUGGAGCCAGCGCAGGGCGGCCUGAUGGCAGUGCAGGACGGGGGUUUAGUCACCACUCUGGUUUUCUAGUAUCUGAGCUCUCUGAAGAUACGAUUUUCUAAUGGUAUAGAUUUGGAAUAAAACAAGGGGGAAAUCCAAAAUGUAUAUGGUCGCUUCUUAUCUGGAAACUCAGUGAAAUCAGAACUGUCCCAGAUUCCUUUCCCCAAUUAGCGCUCUUUGGUAAACUAAGAUAAAUGCUUCUGCCCUUUCCCCUUAAGAUAAAAGAAUGUCACUAAAAAGUUAGAAGUCCUCGCGUUAACAGUCACAGCAUAACAGGGAAGAGGCUGUCCCUGGGCGUUUGCUGUGAGGCUUUGUAACUGAGAGGGGCUGGUUUCGAUGACUCUGGUGUGGUGAGUGUUGAAAAGUUGAGAAGCCAGGGAUGCAAUGUGUAUGUUGAAAACAGAAUAUGCAGCUCUGCUACAGGGAACCUGUAGAAUGUGUAAAAUAUAAGCAAUGGAAAAGAGGAUCGGUUAUAAUUUUUGUGAACUUCAUGGGGCUUCCUGUGAUUAAAGGAUAAUUCCUCUGGUUCUAAGGUGGGGAGUGUUUGGUCUGAGAACAACUUCCAUUUACCCAGCCUGAAGCAGUCAGAUUCGAGUAUUAGUCCUAGGUGAGUGGGCGUCUCGUAGAGUAGGCCACAUAUGCAUGAGGCUCCAUUCACUUUUUCUUUAGGGUGUAAAAUAAGGUUAAAUUUUGUGCUCGCAAGGCAGGUGGCAGAACCACUGAGCUUAAAUCCCUGGCCCAAGGUUAAAUUUUAAA